UCUCGGGUCGUUCAUCAUGAUUGUUUUGGCGGCAACUUUUUGUGACAUCGUAUUGGGCUGCUUAAAGGAUCAGGGCCGCUACAACACCAUGCCAGGUGAAUCGCUCCAAUCGUUCCUAAAGUUAUCCCUGCCGCGGGUCACCUACGAUCUCUUCAAAGUUGGAAACUCCAAUGCCAGCCUCAAGGUGUUCAAUGGCCUCCGAAUUUGCGGCGUCUUUUGGGUGGUGGCUUUCCAUACGUACAUUUACCCGGACAUCGGCACAUACCGCGCUCUCAGGGAGCUCCAAAAAAAUGCCAUCUACAUUCCGUUCCAGCUCAUUAACAAUGCUUGGCUUUGUGUGGACAUGUUCUUCUUCAUCAGCGGCUUUCUAAUAGUAUAUAAUCAGCGGAAGAUUCCAUCCAAGAUUUCUUCGUGCCGCUUCUACGUGAAAAGCUUGAUUCAACGAUACUGGAGGCUCAUUCCUUUGGCCAUGCUGGUGAUGCUUAUUGUGUUCCUGGAGCCGUUGUUCGGGUCUGGUCCCAUUUGGAAAGAGAAGAUGAAUUCCGAAGUACGCAACUGCGAGCUUCACUGGUGGUCGGUGCUUGGAGGAUUCUCCAAUUUCUUCCACGUUGAUGACACGUGCAUUAUACACUUCUGGUACAUCAGCGCUGAUCUUCAAAUUUACGCUGCGGCUGUGGCCUUGUCCCUCCUAUCCAUAAAGAAGCGGCGGCUGAGCAUCAUAAUAAUGCUCGCCUGUGUCGUUGCAUCGAUGGUCACGGUAGGAGUGCAGACAUACCUCAGCGAGUACCCACCGACCAUGUUUCUGUUCGCCAGAGAUGUAAAGUUUGCUCUCACUAUGAAUCGCUGGAUGUACCUGCUGCCACACGCACACGUAGGUCCCUACUUUCUUGGUGCACUCACUGCCUUUGCCUACGAGCGAUACCGACAAUCCAAGAUCCCUGUGCUGCUGCAGUCCGUCCUCUGGGCGUUGUCGCUGCUGUUCAUCGGGGCAUCACUCUUUGCUGCCGCUCCCUGGGGUCUGGGGGACUUGCCGCCUCUGUACGUGACAAUCACGUAUGCCAUCACGCACCGCAUCGCCUGGGCGCUGGGCUUGGCCUGGAUUGUUUUCGCCUGCGCAACAGGAAAGGGGGGCGUGGUCAACUCGCUGCUGUCCUGGGAUGCCUUUGUUCCACUGGGAAGGAUGUCCUAUUCAAUAUACUUGGUGCACGCAUACUUGGUAUUUUACAAGGCCUGGACAAUCCGACAGCGCAUCGAAAAUCACCACUUCCAAAUUAUGUCUUCAGCUGUUUCCAGCUUCAUGAUGGCAAUAGCAGCGGGUUACCUGGUGUACGUGUUUCUUGAGCAGCCCUUGGUUCUCGCCUGGGCCAUGGCCAACAAGCGGCUUAACGAGCGCGUCACGGAGGCAGCAACGAACGCUGAAAAAAGCCCUGGCGCCCUCCCGGUGAUUGUGGAAUCGCAGCACUCACCGAACUACCGGGGUUGAAAGCGCGCAAACACCUUUCACGAUGCGAAGAAAUCUGUGCUCGAAGGGGGAACAUCUGUUAGUGGACAACGUGCUCCCAAAUCCCCCCAAGGGCGCAUUCUGUUUGCGUGAAGAGACCAGGGUACACAAACGUUAUUGGGACGCAGCAGUCGCUCCAGACAGAAUCCGAGCAGUCACAAUGACUAUCACAGCGACAUCUCGAUCGCCAGAUCACCGGCAGUUAGGUAUUGAUAUGUGUUAUCACGUUUUGUGAACGGGCUCCAUAUACUUUCGUUAACAUAACUCUCCAGGAGAAUUCGCGAGUGCUCGUCGUAAGGCAGAUAUUUUGCCAAAAUUUACUGGUGCGGUUGCUCUUCACACGGAAUAUUUUAGCACGUCAUUCCACUAAGAGAUAAAUCAUUUACAGAUCACCUUUGGCCGGACUGCUGAUGAAAGGUUUUAAAGCAAACUUAUUGGUACAUAUUACUUGACAUUUUGGGGACUGCUUUUGGAGACCCGACUAGACGAACGCGAGGCGCAAACAUGAACGGGCAUUUAUGCGAUAGACACACGUAUGUAUAAAAGCGCAAGGUGGGCAAACGCUAAAAAUUUGACUCUUGAGACUGCAAAAACAACAUUUAUCUUGUUUAUCUUGUUUAUCUUCUUAUUUAUCUUGUGAAAAGUUAUCUUGUUCCUCAUAUACUUCGACACUCAACUAAGGACGGGAUAGCAAUCCGGUCACCCACUAGACAGCCUGCGGCUACACGCGUUAUUUUGAUCAGUACGAAAUCCUAAAAUUACCAGGGUAAAGAAAAAUGAAUAUAAAUGUUCGAGGCAAACGCAAUUCGCAAGAGUAGUGAUGUGGGCGUGCUGGUAUGGCAUCUCGAUCUGAGUUUAUUAUAUUGAAUAAGACUGUACACAAGAACGCAGACAGCACAUACUAGGCGCUAGCUUCUAACAAUAUCUUAUUAUCGAAAAAGUGGUUGUACUUAUAUACUCCGUCCGUUGAAUCACCCUCAUGUUUAAACGUCAAAAAGUUAUAGCGACAAAAUUUUUAGUGAUAGCUCAUGUCAGGCGCAAAAAAUUAAUCUUUAUUCCAAUUAUGUCGAAUUCUUUAUUGGACAGAGCUAUUUAUUUAUUUAUUUAUUUCGAUACCCUCAUGGCCCACAGGGAAUUAUUGAGUGGAGUGGUACACCCACUUCAAUAGAUUUGUUACAAAAGGAGACAACGCA